UAUAAUGUAUAAUUAUCAUGUACAUUUACACUACUGGCUCUCAGGCCAUGUUCCUCGUUAUACUCUAACUCUUGUACAGAUACAUGUACUUUCUUUUGUUAGCUUGUACAUGUACUUGCAAGAGACAUACUUAUCCUGCUUCCCAUAUGCCUUUACAAUCCCUACUUCUCCUGGAACCCAGGGACAAGUAGAGAAUACCCAGGAAGGUCAACACCAGUUUGAUGUGCUGCCUGGUACAGCCAGUAUUCCUUGAUAUGUCAUUGAAAUAAUGGACCUUCAUAAACUCACUUAAAUGUUUAGCAAAAUUGAUGUCCAGACAUUUUUUUUCAUCAUUACCUAUAUAUAGCAACUAGCCACCCUAGAGACAUCAAGUCACAGAGGACCAAAUUUUCACAGACUUCAGAUAUAUAACAGGUGUUUUGAUGAGAUUAUUGGAGAGUCAAGUACAUUUGGACCUCUUUUAAGGACGAUUAAAGUGAGUACAACCAAACAUGUACUAGUUUUAUCUUGAAGUGAUGAUAGAUUGGAACGGUAUAAAACCUAUUAAGUCAUCCAACAAGACUGCCUAUACAUUUAUUUGACACAUGAAUUAAGAAACAGCUGCUGCUGAGCCAUUGUUGGAUGAGAUUAGAAAGCAGUUACAUUAAAAGUGAUUAUUGAAUUUUCAUACUUUUUUAAUAAUCGUGGACUAUUUUUAUGUUCCUUUUCCCUUUGUGGUUCAAUUAACUGUUUGUUAUCCUAAAAUGUAGCAAACUAAAUUGUAUAGUCAGAUGUGUACAUGCAUGGAAAUAAAGUUUGGAAGUCUUUCAUGUGCAUGAGCUUCUUUCUAUUCAAAAGGAACUAACGUUACCUUCAUGCAUAAUUUAUAUAUGUGACAGGUCAAAAUUUAAUUCAUAUUUGAUAUUUUUUAACCUACAGCUGUAGGUUGACUGUCAAUUUGUUUCCUCUCCUAGCCCUAAGUUAUUCAUGAAUUAGGGCUUUAUAUUAUAAUGAGACAAUAAAGGAAACUGAGAAUCAACUUUUAAUAGGUUAAAAAAUUUCAACCUGAAUUAAAUUUUGACCUCUAACAUUUUCACCUAACUGCAUGUUCACCAUUCUUUUGUCAAAAGAAAACCAACCAAUUAUUGGAAUUUCUCUCCAGGAUGAGUAUGACAGCUACAUGUCACAUUUGUUGGACACGCAAAAACCGUCACAGCAUAAAGUACUAUAUCAUCAUAUAGACAGCCUUUCCGAAAAUCCCUCCACCUCAGAUAAACUGAAAGAGGAGGAAAAAAGAGUUGAAAACUUAGAAAAAGAGGCAAGGCUUCUCCUACAGGAAAAUGCAAGGUAUAAUUUUUAUACCUAAUACAAAAGAAGGCACAAAUGGAUUAAAACUUGAGAAAGAAAAUAGGAUGGAUUGCAGGGUAGUUCGUCUUUUCAUUUGUUGUUUGCAAGCAACAAGUUGAUAUAAUACAGUUGUACUGUUUGGGAGGCAUAUUUGUUGACAAAGAUGGUUUAUUGUCAGCCUUAAUUAUCAUGACAAGAAGCUGUGAUUUUAUCAUUCACAAGUAAAUUCCUUCCUAAUGUUAACUUCCAUUACAUACGAAAGCAUUUUGGCAAUAUAUUAAUUUUAUUUAAUAUUAAAAUGAAGUAGACAUGAUGGAUGUACAUACAGCCUUGAGUAUACAGCCCCUUGUUAAUACUGUUAAUUAUACCUACAUUUUGUGUAUCAGAACUUUCAUACAUUCUCAUGUACAUUUGUAAUUAUAUUUCUGGUGUAAUGACUCACCACAAAAUUUAGUAUUACAUAGUGUCCUCUCACAUUAUUGCUAACAGAUUGACAGUUGCUGAUUAUAUGUCCUUUGAGAUAAAGAGUUGGAAGCUUGAAAUACAGUCUCAUGUACAGUGCUUAUGUGAAUAUGUCCCAUAAAAACGAGCUAUUUCUGGAGGAAUAUUAACUCAUUAAUUACCCUAAAAUUUAGUAAAACAUAGUGUUCUCUCACAUUUGGUAACAGAUUGACUGCAGUCCUUCGAGAUGAAGAGUUAAAAGCUUCAGAAGAGUCAGACAUCAAUGUCAAAGUUGGUAAGAAACUCACAAAUUUAUGAAAUUUUGCCUUUUUCGUUAUUCAAGUCUUCUAAAGUAUGUUGUAACAAUGUUGAAGGCGCUGUUGCUAAUACAACAACUUUGAUUGACCGCUGAUAAAUAGACCCUUGGGCAAAGCAACCAGGGUUGACAAAAAUAACUGGCUGCUGACGAAAAUCACCACCUACUUGGUUAGUAUCGGCCAGCUACUUUAGUUGGCAUUUCUUUACAGAUGGCGUUUCUUAAAUAAAAUCUGCCUGGCCGCUUACUGACAACUCAGCCAUCUACUUCAAAACGUUUUGACAACCCUGAGCAACACAUGCAUUUUUUGGCAAUAUCUUGUUUUCUUGACAGCUGAGUCUCAAGCAAAAGUAUCCGUUCACAUUGAAGAAGUUCCAAAGGACUUAGAAGAGCAAGUGGAAGAGUUACAUGCACAGGUUUGAGCAUAUAUACAGCAUCAUUGUCCAAUUCUGAAUAAUAUAAAUUUGCAUUUAACAAGUUGCGGUAGAGGCCACUGUAUUCAGACACUUUCUAGAAUUGAAAGAGGUAAUCUGCGAACAGGCCUCCUCCGUAUACUUUGCUCUAAUUAUUGGAUGCUGUUCUCGACAUCCUUUUCCCUGGCCAUGUGCACGGUGUUGGUGUACAAAGGCGUUUCAAAAUAUGUAACGCUAAAUACUCGGCUAGAACAGUAAAUUUCGACUCCAUAAGGUCUCUGUGCGCCUUAUUUUAGAAGACUUUUAAGCAAUAUCAUUCUUAAAAGCGAAGACAAUCGAAGAAUUUAGGAACUCUGUAACUCAUAUUUCUGCAGUAAUUUUCAGUGCGUUAAAUUAAUUUACUUUUAAUUGUAAACUUAAAUGAAUUUUUACUAUUUUUUAAGCAUUAGUUAAAUAUACAUGAGUUGUACUUUUCAUUUAUGAUGUUAGAUUGUCUCAGUUGCCUUUAAAUUUACUGUCCUAGCCGAGUAUUUAGCGUUACAUAUUUUGAAACACCUUUGUACACCAACACCAUGAGCAUGGCCAGGGGCUCUUUCUUUCAUUGUUGGUCUUGACAUUGGACAAAUCCACCGAAAUAAACAUCACUAAACAACAUUAGAAGCUAGGUGUCCCUGAUUAUAUAUUUCCUAAUUAAUGGACCUUGAAAGUAGCAAGUCUUGUUAAAGGCCAAGAUACAUUGUAAAUUUUGUUUGCUGAAUUACAUUAACAUCCCCUCAAUACUGGUAAUUUUCAUCUUAAUUUUGUUUUUAAUUCAGAGACCUAUGAAUAUAUAUUUUUUGUAGUUUUAAUUAAUUUUGUAAUUCUACAGAUUUUAGCUCAGUUAGAUUACAUUGAUGACAUCAAGAGACACCAGAAAGAGUACUGCGUUCCUAUCACUGUCUGUCAGCAUCUUGAGCAGUGCAUUAAAGAAACAGAGGUGAUCUGACCAUCCUUUUCUACUAACAUUGUUGUUAAGUAAUGAUCCAGGUAAGAAGGAAAGCAAUUUCUAUUGUUGUGGCGCAAUACGCUUUCCUCACAUAGAAAUGUUUUCAUUUUUACGCAGAGAGUGCAUAAAUCUACAAAAAGGCUGUUUACGAAAGAAAAUGUAUUUAAACUCCACUUUUAAAGGGUGUAUUUUUGUGUUAAAACAUUUCGACCAAUCAUAAGAGUUGCAAACAAUGGCCAAGAAAUGUUCACAAUUUUACAUGAUACGCACAUACGAUUUCUGUGUUACUUAGACUCAGACGAGAUUUUGUUAUAAGGAAGUUGGAUAGAAAAAAAAGGAUUGAUGUACAUGCUGCUUUGCGAAGAUUUCGUAAAAUUUGAUGUUUAAACCAAUCAGAACCUUAGUAGAGACAAUAGUAAAGUUAGCACCUUUUUGCAUUCCGACGUGUUCACUGCGUUUUGGUCCUUUCCUUCUUAUCUGGACCAUUACUUAAUAAUAAUUAAAUAUUGUUCAAUGACUGCUGAUUAAAAAAUAAACUUGGAAUCCAAGCUUCGCCAAUCAAUGGCAUCAUCAGGGAUUAAACUUGAAUUUGCUGAUCCAAUCAGGGAAUUAGCUUAAAUUUAGAACAGAUGGUAAAUGGCAUUUGAUGGGUGGGUAAUAUGAGAAGAAAAAUAUUAUGGUUGCCUUUUUAAAGACUGCAGUGUUUUUCAGCCAGAAAAAUCAUGUUAACAGCCGGGUAUUUUCUGCAGCUUGCCGGCUAUUAUCUACAUCCCUGCUGAAUUAUUUUGUACGUUUAGAAAUAAAGUUUCCAUCUGAUUGCAAGUGUGUGGUGUCCAUUUAUUGUAAGUUAUACAUACUGUGUGCAGACAUCCUCAUUUUAACCAAUCCCUAAUAUUUCUUAUAGGUGGACAUACAGAAGUUACUCAAACAGAAUGAAUUCUUAGAGCAGACAAUUAAGGUGAGAUCUCAAACUUUGUUAAAACUAGUUGUACAUUAUAAUAAUUUUAUCUGUGUUUUCAAUUAACAUUAUUUUUUGCCAUGACCAGCAUCUUUGAAAAGAGUUAAUCUUAUAAAGAGUGGAUUUUUUUUCCCUUCAGAUAGUGAUUUAUCUAGUGGAUCAAACCACUGUGCACACUAUAUUCACCUUAUACAAGGCCAUUCAGUUAAUUUGUCAAUUCUCAGCUUCUUUGCUUUAACAGUUCUGAACUUGAGGAGCAUCUUAUGUUGUAAAGUAGUUGUCGUAAGAAGCAUUCCUCUUUUGUCAUGCUAAUAAAAAAUACAGUAUCAGUUUUAUAAUUACACCAAUAUUUUUGCAUUUGGUGUGACAAUCAUUUUUUGUUUAGUUUUUUAAUCUUAAAAACAUUUUUUGAGUAUGAACUGAAUAAUUAACUGAAUUUUUUCACACUCACUAACUACAGAUUGUCACAUGAUUUCCUCAGUGACAGUACCUGACAGUGAUUAGUAAAUUUGUCUAGUUUGUAUAUUUGUUAUAAAAAAAUGACUGUAUUAUUUUAUGUGAUCCUCUUGUAUGCAGUUAUUCUUAGAUCUGUUAUCCCUGUUUAUAGGAGCUUGAGGAGGAGCUACAAUCAAUGUUAGAAAGGAGUAAAGUGAAAGAAAAAGAUGCCAGGCAAGUAUUU